UUUUGUGAGGAGGGCUAUAAACGGGCGCUGGGGCCGACUGCCCGCCCAGUUGUUUCUCUGGUGGAGUCGGCUCCGUGGGUGUCUCGCUCGCGUCGCCCCGUCCGGCCUCUCCCAGCGGCCCCACGCGGGAGCCGACCGCCAGAGGCGCGGCGCGGCGUCGAGCCGGGCUAGUCCGAGGAAACCGCCGUCUCCGCCGCGCGCGCGGGCCCGCCCGGGGCGUUCGUUUGUCGGCGCGCAGUCGCGGCCCCCGGCCGACUCUCCAGGGCCAUGAGUUACGGUCGCCCGCCUCCCGAUGUGGAGGGCAUGACCUCCCUCAAGGUGGACAACCUGACCUACCGCACGUCGCCCGACACCCUGAGGCGCGUGUUCGAGAAGUACGGGCGCGUGGGCGACGUGUACAUCCCGCGGGACCGCUACACCAAGGAGUCCCGCGGCUUCGCCUUCGUCCGCUUCCACGACAAGCGCGACGCCGAGGACGCCAUGGACGCCAUGGACGGGGCCGUGCUGGACGGCCGCGAGCUGCGGGUGCAGAUGGCGCGCUACGGCCGCCCCCCGGACUCGCACCACAGCCGCCGGGGCCCGCCGCCCCGCCGGUACGGGGGCGGCGGCUACGGGCGCCGGAGCCGCAGGUGAGCGGGCCGCCGCCGCAGCCGCUCCCGGAGUCGGAGUCGCUCCCGGUCCCGCAGUCGCUCCCGCUACAGCCGCUCCAAGUCCCGGUCCCGCACCCGCUCGAGGUCGCGGUCCACCUCCAAGUCCAGGUCGGCGCGAAGAUCCAAGUCCAAGUCGUCGUCGGUGUCCAGGUCCCGUUCGCGCUCCCGGUCCCGCUCCCGGUCCCGGAGUCCUCCGCCCGUGUCCAAGAGGGAGUCCAAGUCCAGGUCGCGCUCCAAGAGCCCCCCCAAGUCUCCCGAGGAGGAAGGAGCGGUGUCCUCUUAAGCAAAUGCUGCGGUCUCCUGUUUGAUAAAAGAAUAUUGGCCAGUAUUGCAGAUUUUAACUGAUUUGGCUGAUCCUCCAGGGACCAGUUUCUGUGGGCGUGUAUUGGAGCAGGUUUGUCUUUAAACGUUAAAGAUGCACUAUCCUCUUAGAGAAAACAAAUCAGUUCAACUAUUGUUGUACUGACUGGGACUUCAUAUUCUAACGGAUGUGGCAAACGAAUUGCAAAGCGGAGCAAUGAACUUUUGGAACCCCCAAAAAGUUUACAGGUAUCGCACUGGGUGGGGAAAGGAUAGUGUGUCUUUAACUCUUAAAUUGUUUGGUCCUAUUUUUUAAAAGGAAAGGGCCCUAAGUAGCUCGAGAUAUUUAAAGCCUUUAUUCUCAAUUGCCAAACGUUUCAUUUGAAAGCUAAACAUUUACCGUAAAAUAGACUGUCUGAUUUCAAGUUUUGGUUUGGAUACGGUCCUUUUUUUUUUUUUUUUUUUUUUUAAUUCCCCUCUCUCUCCCUUUUUUUUACCCCCUUCCCCCUCCUUUUUCUUUUUCCCUCCCUUAUCUCUCACCUUGGUUAUUUGGCCAAGAUUGCAUAAACACAAAUUUGUAAAAGCGGAUGGUUAGUCCUUGUGAAAAUUUCCCAAUUGGGCCUUUCUUUAAAAAAAACUGAUAAUGGCUGGGUGGAACCUUUCCGUAACCUACUUGUUUCACCAGAGCCUUAGUCAGUACAUGCCUGAAACUGAAACCAUGUGCACUGCGGGUAACUUCAUAGCGAUGGAAGGUAAACUGAACUUUUUUCUUUUCAAACCUAGAUGUGGCGACGAGCAGCAUAACUAAAGGAAGACUUGGGGGAAAAGGACCACAUACCCAGCCCAUCGAAGAGUCCUUGGAACAAGCAACUGGCUAUUGAAAAGGUUAUUUUGUAACAUUUUGUCUAACUUUUUACUUGUUUUAAAGCUUUGCCUCAGGUGGCAAACUUCAUUUUAUGUGCCAUUUUGUUGCUGUUAUUCAAAUUUCUUGUAAUUUAGUGAGGUGAACGACUUCAGAUUUCAUUAUUGGCUUGGAUAUUUGAGGUAAAUUUUCCUUUUUGUUUAUAUAGUGCUGACUUUUUUUGUUUGAAAUUAAACAGAUUGGUAACCUAAUUUGUGGCCUCCUGACUUUUAAGGAAACGUGUGCAGCCAUUACGCACAGCCUAAAGCUGUCAAGAGAUUGACUCAACAUUGCCUUCAUUCCUUAAAAUUAAAAAGCUACAAAAGUUGGUGUCAGUUUGUUUGUAUAUGUUAUUUACCUUCAGAUCUAAGUGGUGAUCUGAACCCAAAUUUGUGUAAAGACUUUUCAGGUGAAAAGACUUGAUUUUUUGAAAGGAUUGUUUACCAAACACAAUUCUAAUCUCUUCUCUUGUGUAUUUUUGUGCACUAGGCGCAGUUGUGUAGCAGUUGAGUAAUGCUGGUUAGCUGUUAAGGUGGCGUGUUGCAGUGCAGAGUGCUUGGCUGUUUCCUGUUUUCUCCCGGUUGCUCCUGUGUAAAGAUGCCUUGUCGUGCAGAAACAAAUGGCUGUCCAGUUUAUUAAAAUGCCUGACAACUGCACUUCCAGUCACCCGGGCCUUGCAUAUAAAUAACGGAGCAUACAGUGAGCACAUCUAGCUGAUGAUAAAUACACCUUUUUUUUUCUCCCCUUCCCCCCAAAAUGGUAAAUCGGAUCAUCUUCAUGUAUGAACUUAAAAUGCGGAAAAUGUUAAGGAAGCAAAUGGUUUGUAACUUUGUAAGUACUUAUGACAUGGUGUAUCUUUUUGCUCAUGGAUAUUCUGUACUAUAACCGUUGUUUUCUGUAGUUUAAUUAAAACGUUUUCUUGGUGUUAGCUUUUCUCAGAAUAUGUCUUGGUCUUUUUUUCCCGUUUAUUUGAAAGACCUGUGCAAUUAUCUUGUGAAUUGUUACUGACUGUUAUAGUAUGAAAGCGAAAUGUCUAGUACUUGACCUUUUUUUCCCUAAGUUAAAAAGUGGAAACCCCGUUUCAGCACCCACUACCCCUCAAAUCCAUGCUCUAAGGUAGCACUUUGCGGAGGUUGUGGGUUCCCCCCCUUCUGUCAUAGUCUAAUUUAUGUCGUAUUUUUAUUGACUUUUUAAAGAACAGUCCAAGUCCUUUCUCUUACAGGUGUGUUUAUUUUUGUUUUCAUGGCUUUGUAACCCACGAGUGUUGUCCAGGUGACCCACCACACAAUCUUUUUUUAAGGCUGACAGAUCUGACCAUCUUCAAAUCCAGUGCUUGUACUUACUCCCAAGAAGCUAAAAUGGUCUGAGUUCUAAUUGGCACGAUAGGUUGCAAAUCAGUGUUGACAUUGCCCCAGAACAGCCUGUAUGUAGGUAUGAUUCAGAGACUGUCCUUUUUUGCAAAGGAGAUGACCAGCAUUUCAACAGUAUGUCUUCCUGGGAGGGCAGAUUCUGCUAUAUCUUCCUUGUCUGCACCAAAAGACUCCAGAGGAAUGUGGACACAUUUCAUAUCCCACUUGUAGAGCAAAGCUUCAAGUGACCAGUCAGCACUGAAAAAGAAAUAAAUUGUUUUUUU